AUGGCACCUCAGGAAAAAAAGACAGUCCUCAUCACCGGCUGCUCAGACGGCGGCAUCGGCGCCGCGCUGGCCAAGGCCUUCCACAACACCGGCCGCUACCAUGUCAUCGCAACGGCCCGCAACCCCUCCAAGAUGAAGGGCCUCGUCGCCGUCGGCGGCAUCGAGACGCUCCAGCUGGACGUCACAUCGCAGGCGUCCAUCGACGGCCUGGUCCCCAAGCUGACCAGGCUGGACGUGCUGGUCAACAACGCCGGGGCCGAGUUCCUGAUGCCGGUGGUGGACAUCGACAUCGCCAAGGCCAAGGAGCUGUUCGACCUGAACGUGUGGGCGCACCUGGCCGUGACGCAGGCGCUGACGCCGCUGAUCCUGCAGUCCAAGGGCCUGGUGGUCAACCACACGUCGGUGGGCGCGAGCACGAUGCUGCCGUGGCAGGGCGUGUACACGGCGUCCAAGGCCGCGCUCAUGAUGCUCUCGGACACGCUGCGGCUCGAGAUGGAGCCCUUUGGCGUGCAGGUCGUCGACCUGCGCACCGCGGUCACCAAGACCAACCUCAUCCACAACCACGCCGGCAAGGCGCCCACGCUGCCCAAGGGCUCCAUCUACGAGCCCGCCCGCGAGGUCGUCGAGAAGGCGCUGCGCCAGGAGGUGUUUGUCGGCCAGGGCAUGGACGUCGACGAGUGGGCCCGGCUGACCGUGCGCGACCUGUCCAAGAAGAAGCCGCCGCCGGUCAUCUGGAGGGGCGAGUCGGCCACCAUGCUGUGGUUCGCUACCUUUAUGCCGUUUGGCUACCUCGACGGGUUCUUGAAGAAGCUGGGCGGGCUGGACAUUGUCGAGAAGAUCAUAAAGGCGUGA